AUGAAAGCAAUUUAUUAAUUUUCCACAAUUAAGCCUUUAAUAGUUUCUGGCCCUAGUGGAGUUGGCAAAGUACACCAUUAUUUUAUUAAAGGGAUCAUUAGUCACCAGAUUGCUAUAAAAUAGCCAAAACUUUGUUUACAGUGUGAGUCUGACUACUAGAAAACCAAGACCUAAUGAGAAGAAUGGUGUCAAUUAUUAUUUUGUAAAUAAAGAUGUAUUUGACGAAAAUAUCAAGAACAAUGAGUUUUUAGAGUUUUGUGAAGUUCAUGGAAAUCUAUAUGGCACUGCAAAACAUCAAAUAAACAAUAUAAUAAAAUAAAAUAAAAUAAAAUAAAAUAAAAUACCUCUUAUAGAAAUAGAUGUUUAAGGAGCUGAAAAAAUAAAUAAAUAAUUGAAUAACUAAUGCGAGAACAUAUUUGUAUUACCACCAUCUAUCAGCAUUCUAAGAGAAAGAUUAAUUGGAAGAUAGACUGAAACAUCUGACGUUGUAGAGAAGAGAAUCAAAAACGCAGAAACUGAAAUUGAAAAAGCUAAAUCUUUUUAAUUUAUCAUUUCAUUGUUAAUGAUAAUUUUGAAACCUGUUUUAAAGAGCUCCUUGAGCUUGUAAACAAAAAAUAUUAAAACCUCUGAUUAUUAUCAAUAAAUUAUUCAUGAAAAAUGA